AUGGUGUACACAUACACACCCACAUACUACACUUCACUUCAUGACUCAAUCACCUCUCUAUGCAAAAACAUCCUCCCAUUUUCCUUCAAGAAGCGGCGCUUACCGGUGAUCGCGGCAGCUGAGCAGAGGCUGUCGAAGCAACAGUCUGACAAUCUGAAAUGGCAGCAGGAUUCAUUUCACCAGAUUCUCAACCUGAUGGGUCUUUGCAAAGAGGGUAUUAUACCUGAAACAGAGGUCUCUAAUUUUCGGAUUCACCUACUUGAUACCCUUAUUGCUUCCCCCAUUGAUCAUGAACAAACCACCAUUUUAAGAGAUAAGUUGAUCUUCUUGCAGGAGCUAUUGUAUGCAAAAUGUAUAUCGGAGGAGGACUACCAUUCUUCAAAGAGGCCACUAUUACAAAGACUAGCGGUUCAAGGUGCUGAAAUCGAGGCUAGGGACGUGAUCGUUGGAGCACAGAAAGAGACCUCUGGUGAAGAAUGGUCAACAAUAGAUUUGAAGGAUGAGCACUGCUUGCUUGGUAAAGAGCAGUUGAAUUCGAAGAACAAAUCGAAGCAAGGUUCAGCCAUGAAGCAAAUUAAAGGAGCUGCAUCUGUAUUUAGCUUUGCAUCAUCUCAUAAACAAGGAAAAGGAAAGGAAGAGAAGGGUAUAAGUGAUGACUGUGCAAAACAUUUUGUUCUGAAUGAUCAGAACAAUACUGUCCCUGCAUCUGAUAAGAAUGAAUUGAGGUUUUCUAGAGAGAACCCCUUCUGGGAUAUCAAUUUGAGGGAGAAAGAGAGUGACACGCGGUCCAUUCUCAUGUCCGAGAGCUUGCCAAUGGACACUGGGAAGGUUGAGAAGCAAAGUGGAGGCGAUAAGGCAAAGAAAAAACCGUUCAGGACUCUGUUCCAAAGAGAGCAGAGAGAAGGACAGGGGGGUGGUGGUGACUAUGGUCCUGAUCCUGAGGAAAGAGUAUCAAAAUCAGGAAAGAAGCAAUGGGGAUUUGAGGGGUUCAAGAAAUGGAAGAGAAGUGAUUCAGACGAUGAAACAGCUCNUUUUUCCUUCUAUUGA